AAAAAUAAAAAAUAUAUAUAUAUAAAACAUGGUAUUUUUUAUAACUUCAAGAAAAAACUUUCACCGUUAGUGUUAACAACCACUAUGUUAUGAUCGAUCUCUAGGGAGCGAUUAUGGCCAUUGGGUAGACUUGUAUGUUAAAGAAAUAACAGGGUAGCGCAAAAGUUCUUGACGUUUAUUUUAUGACCGUUUAUGUUUUAUGUUCUCGGGGGUGUGCUAUGAGGUUGUAUAAAAAAAACCUACAAUUGAGCGAAGCCGCAAAAAAACUCUGGCAUUUCUCCGUGGGUCUGCACAACAACGUGUCUUCGCUUCUCGCGUCUUCGCUAUGGCUCCAGUAAACAACCUGACUAUUGAUUCUUACGACGUUGUAUCAGAAGCCGGCUGGCAAGACGAAUUAGAAACGUUGAUUUUUAAAACAACGGAGCCGUCGCGAUCUACGCCUAAGGUUAUCGAAACUGCUGCUGACGGAAUAUCCGAUAAAACGUCUGGUCCGCCUCAUCUACAGAGGCAAUCUGAUCCUAGUUACGUAGAAGACGUUGAGCUGAUGAGCGUCCUUGAGCCCGAACCCUUAGAGGUGACAACAUCAGGGGGAGCGGAAGCCCCCGAGCAAACUUUGAACGGGUCUACAGCAGGAGGAGCGGAGGCCUCCGAGCAAACCUUGAACGGGGCUAAAAGCAGCUCCCUGCCGGGUGCGCUUCCUCUUCAAGCUCGAGGUGAACAAGAGGGGUUAAGCGAAAGAUCCCGACCAAGUCGUCGUCGGAGAACUUCGGCUUCGCCCUCUUCAUCCUCAUCAUCACACGAGAGUCAUAUUCGACGAAGAAGAAGAAGAAGAUUGAGCUACAGGAGCGUUUCAGCACCGUAUCGCCGUUAUCACCAGCCUCCGAGGGAAGAGGUUCUCUGGGCAAUCGGUAUUACGUUUAGCGCAACUUUGCACUCGCUUCUCCGUUGACUUUUUUUUUCUUUCUGUACCAGGGUGUUUUUUAUUUUUGUGUUUAAACUGUGUUGAAAAGUAUGGCCUUUCAUGUAAAUGUUGAUGAUGUUGAUGUUGCUACCAUUGACUUUACAGAAAUGUUAGAUAUGGAAAAUGAGCUAGUAAAUAAUGAUAACCAACACUCUUUGACGUCGUCUUUGUCUGAUUCACGGGGUUCCCAACCAGAGUUACACACACUAUCAAUAAACGUUCCCUCGGUUCCUAACACCGACGCUGCGGAUCAGCAACAAUAUCAAGUGUUAAUAAAUCAGAUAUUAUCCCUUCACCGUCCAGACUCUGUAAAUACUCAUAACACAAACUCUAUAAACAAUGAAA